AUGAAGUGUUCUUUUCUCUCGCUCACCGCUGUCGCGGUGUUCGUCGUCGAUUGUCUCGCUGCCACCGACUACCACGAACGGCUUGUCCUCCAGCCGCUCCCUGGCUCCUCGCUGCUGGCCUCGUUCAAUUUCCGCAGUAACUCGUCCGCCUCUGCUUUCGAGAAGCAACAUUUUCGCUAUUUCCCUCGGUCUCUUGGCCAAAUCCUGCAGCAUGCUCACACAAAAGAACUCCACCUCCGCUUCACCACAGGCCGCUGGGAUGACGAGAGUUGGGGCACCAGACCAUGGGAAGGCUAUAAAGAGGGCGCAACCGGCGUUGAGUUAUGGGCAUGGAUUGACUCUGCGUCCCAAGAAGAUGCUUAUGCGAAUUGGAGCUCUUUAACUCAGUCCCUUUCCGGCCUCUUUUGCGCUUCCAUGAAUUUCAUCGGCUCGACGCGAACUACAAGCCCCGUCGUUUCUUUUGAGCCUUUGGGAGACCAUUCCGGCCCUGAUCAGUUGCAUCUUCUUCACGGCACCCUGCCUGGCGAAGUGGUGUGUACAGAGAACCUCACUCCCUUUUUAAAGAUGCUCCCGUGCAAGGGCAAGGCGGGUGUCUCUAGUCUUUUUGAUGGACACAAGUUAUUUGAUGCCUCGUGGCAAAGCAUGUCUAUCGACGUCAGGCCUAUCUGUUCCUCCGAGGGAGAAUGUCUGAUUGAGAUCGAACAGAGUGUCGAUAUGGUUCUGGAUAUUGAUCGAUCCAAGCGUCCUCGGGAUAACCCUAUCCCUCGUCCAGUUCCAUUCGAGCAACUAGCUUGCGACCCAACAAAGCCUUAUAACUCCCAUGAUACCUGCUUUCCUCUAGAAAGAAAGUCGGAAGCCGGAUGGACACUUUCUGAAAUAUUUGGCCGUCCUAUUAGAGGGCAUUGUCCUUUGACCGACGACAAUGGCGUCAGCACGCAAACAGUGUGCUUAAAAGUGCCUAGCGAUAGAUCCGUCUUCACGACGCCUGGGGCAACGGAAAUAAGCGAUCCCAGCGGCGUUUCCAGGUGCUAUAUCUUGUCAGCCUCCAACGACUUCGACCUCAUACUGCCAGAAGAGGAAGCCAAAACCCAAGUCCCUUUACAACAGGGGGUUUUACAUGCCGAGCGGACCAUCAUUGGACACGGGCAAGAGCGAGGCGGCAUGCGAGUGAUUUUUAGAAAUCCGUCGACUGUGGAAAGCGUUGAUUUUAUCUACUUUGAGUCAUUGCCUUGGUUCAUGCGUCCGUAUCUACAUACUCUCCAGGCUACCGUGGUUGGCAACGACGGCAUUUCGCGGCAGUUACCUGUCUCGGAGAUCAUCGAUGGAAUUUACUAUCGCCCUGCUGUCGAUCGUGAGAGGGGCACCCAACUCGAGUUGGUACUAUCAGUGCCAGCCGACUCGACAGUCACGCUUAUCUACGACAUCGAAAAGGCUAUUUUACGCUACACCGAGUAUCCUCCCGACGCAAAUCGGGGGUUCAACGUAGCACCCGCUGUGAUCAGAAUCCUUGAUCAAGAAAACCAUUCGUCCUCAGUAUACCUGCGGACAACAGGCCUACUACUGUCGCUUCCAACGCCAGAUUUCAGUAUGCCAUAUAAUGUCAUCAUUUUGACCAGCACAGUCAUGGCGCUAGGGUUCGGAAGUAUUUUCAAUCUUCUAGUCCGACGCUUCAUUCCUGCGGACGAGCCGGCCUUGCGCGCCUACGGUCUGAAAGCUCGACUGGCAAGUAGGCUUGUUACACUACGUGAUCGAAUAAGAGGCAAGGCGUCUAAACCGAAAGAAUAG